CCGUGACAGGAGAGAAGCAGCAGGAUAUACAGGCUGCUUGCAGCGGGGAAGCCCAGUCCAAAACCCACUGUGAGACAUCAGGAAUCAGAGCUGCCUUUGCCACCUCGGGGCAUGGAUUUGAAAGUUGCCUCCAUUUUCUUAGCUGUGUCGGCAGCAAUAAAUUUAAUUCUAGUUGCUUUGUUGCUGGGUAGAGGAUGGAGACCGGCCACCUGUGGUACCGGGUCUCAGCAGGCCCAGGAGACAGGACACCGUGCCCAGAAUGACCAGAGCCUGGUGUUUGCUGAUCUGACCCCAGGAGAAAUGGUGCAAGUGGUGAGGUAUCUGCGGGAAAACCUUGGGGUGCCACUGGUAGAUGCCUCUCGUGCAAACCCCUCUGACAACUGCAUUUACUACAUCAGCUUGCAGCUCCCCACCAAGGCAGAGGUGCUGCGGUUCUUGGAUCGAGGGGGAGUUCGCCCCUCGCGACAGGCACUGGCUGUGGUUUUCUUUGGAAAUCAGCCCGAGCCAAACAUCACAGAAUAUCUGGUGGGCCCCCUGCCGAAGCCAACCUAUCACCGGGACAUCACAGCGCUGAAGUACGGAGGGAAGCUGCCAUAUAACCGCAGACCGCUUCUAGGCACUGAAUUUGGGCAGAUCGAUGCUUUUUUACGACGCGUAGAAUACCCCAAAGCGCCAAGCUUCAUGAGUCAGGUAUUUGAUUACGACGGGGCUAACCUGGCAACUCAAACUGUGGCCCCUCGAGGAUUUGAGUCUGGAGAUCGCAAGACCUGGGCUGUUCAUUUCCAGAACGUGAGCGGCCUUUAUGUGCACCCUGUGGGGCUGGAGGUGCUGAUUGACCACGGCAGCCUGAAUAUCUCCCAGUGGAAGGUGCUGAAAGUCUUUUAUAAUGGGCAGUACUUUGAGGGGAUGGUGCAGCUGGAGAGUGAGUUCAAGCAGGGCCACGUGAAGGUAGACAAAGUGAGAAAAGCCCCGCUGGAUGGGGGAUACUCUUCCCUGAAGCCUAGGGUGCCCCACCAGCACGUGGGGCCCUUGCAGUAUGAGCCUCGCGGGCCCCGCUACAGCAUCAGGAGCAACCAAGUUGUCUUCCAAGCCUGGAGCUUUGCCUUUGGGAUGGAUGUGAAUACAGGGCCACGGCUGUUUGAUAUUAGAUUUAGGGGACAGAGGAUUGUCUAUGAACUCAGCCUCCAGGAAGCCUCUGCAAUUUACAGCUCCAAUAAUCCGGGGGGGAUGACAAUCAGAUACCUGGAUGCAAGCUACGGCAUUGGAAGAGCUGCCUUCUCACUGGUCCCAGGGGUUGACUGCCCCUACUUAGCAACGUAUUUGGAUAGCUCCUACCUCACUGAAUCCUUCGUGCCCCAGACGAACAAGAACUCCAUCUGCAUCUUUGAGGCAAAUUUGGAAGUCCCUGUUAGACGCCAUUAUAAUAACAGGCACACUAGGUACUACGGGGGGCUGGCCAGCUCAGUUCUGGUGUUCAGGACUAUUUCAGCCGUUUCAAACUACGACUACAUUUGGGACUUUAUAUUCCACUCAAGUGGAGCUGUGGAAGUCAAAGUCCAAGCCACUGGCUACAUAAGCUCCUCCUUCUUCUUUGGCAACGGUACUCAUUUCGGAAGUAGGGUUGAGGAGCACACCCUUGGGACCAUGCAUAGUCACGCUCUGAGUUUUAAGGUGGACCUAGAUAUUGGUGGCUCAAAAAAUUCCCUGGUGACCCAUGACAUGGUGUUUGAGAACGUGCAGGCCCCUUGGAGUCCGGAGCACCAGAUCGAGCGCCCACGGCUGGUCAAGCAAGUCCUGGACAGGGAGGACAAGGCUGCAUUUCGCCUCAACUCAGAGAUGCCCAGAUACAUCUAUUUUGCUGCCAACAGUGAAAACAAGUGGGGCCAUGAGCGAGGCUACAGGAUCCAGAUGAUUAGCUUUCCUGGGGACCAUCUGCCAGAAACAAGUACAAUGGAGAGAGCCUUCAGCUGGGGGAGGUACAAACUGGCUGUCACUAAACGGAAAGAAGAGGAGCCAACCAGCAGUAGCAUCUACAACCAGAAUGACCCCUGGACACCCACCGUGGCCUUCGCUGACUUCAUCAAUAAUGAAACCAUCGUAAACGAGGACCUGGUUGCAUGGAUAACAACUGGUUUCCUUCAUAUCCCACAUGCUGAGGACAUACCCAACACUGUGACAGUUGGGAAUACAGUCGGGUUUUUUCUGAGACCCUACAACUAUUACGACGAAGACCCCUCCAUAUUCUCACCUGAUAGUGUCUUUUUUACGAGCAAGCAGGACUCCAGGUCAUGUGAAGUCAACCCCAUAGCGUGCCUGUCCAAAGUUGCCUCCUGUUUACCAAAUAUUCCUCCAUUUACCUACAAUGGCUUCCAAAAUCCGACAAGACUCUGGGGUGUAAGACGCUGAUGGAGUAAAGAAAUGAAUCAGAGGUACCAGAAUGGUGGCUUUGUUCAACAGCUCUGGUUUCAUAUGGAAAAGCUGUCUUGGAAUCCAUUUGGUCAAUGACUUCACAUGGCUUUUUAUCUUGUCACUUUGCUAUUAUCGUUGCUUAAACAAAUAUCUUUAAAGGAAAACAUAGCUUCCUCAGUGUGCCGCCAGAUAGGAAUUUGUAUUAUCUUCUGUGUAUAAGCUUGCCGAAAUCUCGGACCGUAUUUUCUUGCAAAGGAUAAACCCUUUUUUUCCAGCUGCUGGAAGUUGGGGAAUUGGAGAAGCAGUAAUUGCAGUUCUGCCGAAGCAGAAGUAAUGCUGCAGCGCUGCACACAGGGCUCCCGAGCUGCUGGCUGGGGACACUACUGUACAAGCUGCCCCAGUUACUAUUCAGCAUUUUCCAGGAAAGAUCUUUUCUUCUUCAUUCUGUCUUUAAAAUACAAGGUGCGUGUCUUGUUGGGGGUUGUGUUGUGUGUGUACAAUGUGUUGAGAGGGGCUGGAGAUGGAGAGAGAACAUCAUUCCUCUAAUCCUGCAAUAAACACAGUGUAUAACUAACUGUGGUUCAACUAAUUAAAUCUGG